AUGGCACGAGACAACUUUAAUGUACUUGACAUUACCCGUAUAAUAGGAGGCAUUCUAUUCUUUAAUGCUUUACUUUCGUACUGGUUUACAUCUAGCACAACAUGGGGGUACCACGGUAAAUACAUUGAUUGGAGGUACUGGCACAACAAGAUAUUGGAACCAGAACUACAUCUCAGUCUAACCGAAUUAUCUUCAUACACUGGCAAUGACAAUGGACAAAUACUACUUGCAAUUAAUGGCAGCGUAUAUGAUGUAUCCUCAAAUAGGGCUGUUUAUGGACCCAAAGGGUCGUAUCAUGGUUUGGUUGGGAAAGAUGCAGCUCGAGUGUUUGUAACUGGAUGCUUUAUGAACCCCGACGAGUACACCUAUGACUUGCGCGGGUUGGAUGAAAAAGAAUGCGAAAGGGAUAUCAGAGGUUGGCAGCGGUUUUUCGAAACUCAUCGUGACUAUUGGUACGUAGGGAGGGUCAAUUUGACUUUUGAUUUUAGCAACGAGGAUCCUCCUAGUCCUUGUGAACAUAUGAAGUUCCCUGGGCACUCGUGA